UCAAGUGAUGUCAGACUCUGAGUGUAUCGAUACAUUCGGAAGCAAGGGUAGGUAUAGGUAGUACGGCUCGAGUGCCAGACGAGGCUGAAAUGUCGCCAAGCCUUGUGGGGAAUCUCAAAGUCUAAAGACGAGGCUCUGUCUAGCAGUUUUCCGUGACCGGAAUAUUUCCUCACGAUCUUGCCACUGAUUCUGCCUUUACGAUAUCAGGGAUCUAGAACUCGCUGUGAGGGUCGGUGCUCCCAUGAUGACAGGGUAGUGUACUUCUCAGAAACAUGUCGAAAGAAAAAGGUGCAAAUUCUGCACUGGGAUCAUCCCCAGUUCAACAAAGUCCCAAGGAACCAAAAGGAUUGAAGAGAUCCGCAGCAGAGGCAUUCAUCAACAAGCCUCAUUUAGUCGGGAAGAAGUUGAAUGCUCAUCGUCGCGAUGCUGCGCGUGGGGUAUCGGUGGGCAAGACUGUCCUCUUUCAUGAGUCAGGCGAAAACAAGCAUGAGGUUGCUCUUAGCCAACAGCAGAGAUCCAAGCCGAAUCUGAGGGAAAGAGCCCGGGAUUUGCUCUCGGUCAGGCAACAAUUACCGAUCUAUAAGCAUGCAGAUCAGAUUAAACAGGAAGUCAGAGAGCAUGAAGUUUUACUCCUUGUCGGAGAGACGGGUUCCGGUAAAUCAACUCAAAUCCCACAAUUUCUGGUGACGGAACCGUGGUGCAAAAGGAAGACGACCCAGGGAGGCGCGAACGUGGGCGGGUGCAUCGCCAUCACUCAACCACGAAGGGUCGCAGCCAUCUCUUUGGCUCGACGAGUUGCAGAAGAAAUGGGAACUCCGCUGGGCAAUUCCAGUCCGGCUUCGCAGGUCGGAUACUCGGUCCGAUUUGAGAAUAGCACAAGUCCCUCAACAAGGAUCAAGUUCUUGACUGAGGGAAUGUUGCUACAGGAGAUGUUGCGCGACCCCUGGUUGAAAGAGUACUCCGCGGUGGUUGUUGACGAGGUCCACGAGCGCGGUGUGAACGUGGACCUGGUGCUCGGCUUCCUCAGGAGAAUGCAAGAUCUCAAGAGCAAAGAAGAUGGGAGAGGCGGUAUCGGGAUGAAGGUUGUCGUCAUGAGCGCAACAGCUGAUAUGGAGAAGAUCAGGGAUUUCUUCAACUCUACUUCUGCUGAAUCUCCGGCUAUUCAACAGGACGACCGUGUCGAAGAGGACUGGUCCGGAUUUGCUGACGGCGACAAUGACCACAAUGGCCAACAUGCUUCAAACACAACGAGUGGCACUCUUCAGGGUUCUGCCCUUGACAAGAAGCCUCCGAACGGUGUGGCCUCAGAAUCCGCCAUAAGAGCGACAUCCCUUUUGAUCAAAGGUCGCCAACACCCCGUCACAAUGAAUUAUGCACCAUCUCCAGUCCCCGACAUUCUGGACGCCGCGUAUCAACGCAUCAUGCACAUCCACUCCCACACUCCUCUGCCAGGCGACAUCCUGGUCUUCCUGACGGGUCAAGAAACAGUCGAAUCCCUCUCAAGCCUAUUGACAUCCUGGUCCGCAUCGAUUCAAAAGGACGCAACCCUCUCAAAGGCUCUCCCAAAACUGCUUAUUCUUCCGCUCUACGCCGCCCUGCCAUCCGCAAUGCAGCAGCGCGUCUUCCAAACCACCCCUCGAUUCACACGGAAGAUCAUUCUAGCAACUAAUAUCGCCGAAACCAGCAUCACAGUUCCGGGAAUUCGCUUCGUAAUCGACACAGGCAAAGCCAAACAACGUCUCUUCCGUCCAUCGCUCAACCUCGACACUCUCCUCACCGUCCCCAUCUCCCGCAGCUCCGCCAACCAACGUUCCGGCCGCGCCGGUCGAGACGCUCCCGGCACAGCAUACAGACUGUACACCGAGUCCGAUUUCUACCAACUAUCCCAGGACACCGAGCCAGAAAUUCUCCGGUGCGACCUAAGCCAGCUUGUCCUCACCCUGAAAGCCCACGGCAUCGACGACCUCCAAGCAUUCCCAUUCCUGACUAGACCGCCUCGCCGCGCCCUCGAGCGCGCAAUGAUCCACCUUCUGCAACUCUCAGCCCUUGACCCCUCCACUGGGCAAAUCACCACCCUAGGCCGUGACAUGAGCGUCCUCCCCCUCCCCGCGAGUCUCGCGCGCGUCCUCCUAGCCAGCGCUGAUCCACAAUUCUCCUGUACCGACGAAAUCAUCGACAUCGUCUCAGCCCUCAGCGUAGAGAGCAUCUUCCUCAACGUCCACCAAAGCCACAAGUCCACAGACACCUUACAGGACCCACUCGCACUUAGAUCCGAAUCCAAAUCCAAAACCUCCGACGCCUUAGGCGACUCCGAGAACGAACACGACUCCCGCGCAAGCCAGCAAGCUCAAGCCCGCCGCGCCCUCUACCGUCGCGAGGGAGACCACCUCACCCUCCUAGCAACAAUGCAAGCCUACGCCGCCGAACCCACCGACCGCAAAAGAUGGUGCGACGACCACGCCAUCUCGCACCGCGCCAUGACCGGCGCCCUCGACGUCCGCAAGCAACUCACCGGUAUAAUGCAGCGGCGGCAACACAUGGGCUCCAAGAGCACAAGCCUCACGAAUGAUAAGGAUGAUCACGACAAUGACCCUACCACCCUGCCCCAACGAGUCCUCAAGUGUAUCCUAACAGGCUUCCACCCCAACGUAGCCCGCCUCUCGAGCGACGGGUCUUACCGUACUCUCCUCACGAAUCAACCCGUGUCAAUACACCCGAGCAGCGUGCUCUUCUCUGCUCCAUCGUCCGACGGGUCACCAGCCGGAGCGCCGCGCAAAUUCGAGGCCAUAAUGUACAAUGAGUUCGUGUAUACAGGGACAAAGGCCUACGCGAGAGGUGUAAGUGCCGUGGAGAUGGGUUGGGUCAGUGAAGUGCUACGUCGUUAGCACCGUGGAAGAGACAUUACCCGCGCGGAUCGAACAAGAACAUAUGAUGGACUUGAUCUCCUUAUGAAUAGUGGUUGACGCGCGACUCGUGCGAGGAUCAGCUAUCACCAAUUCUGUGGCAUUAAAUCAAUCCUUUCGAAUUUGAAAUCCAGACGCUCUAUGUGCAUUGACCAUCCAUAGACAACUCAGAAGGUGCCCUCUUCAUCACCAACGGGUUGCAGGAACCCCACUGCAUCACCGUCAUCUUCACCCACAAAAUGGAUGGCACGCGUGAUCGUGAACGACAACAUACUUCCGGAAAGGACAGAUAUGAAAACACCAAACCAGAACUGCUCAAACCAGGGGCAUGAGGCCUGGCGACAAAAAGGUUCCCUUCCACUUGAAGGUCACGGCUGCAG